AAAAGGAACAUUUCAUGAUCUCAAACGGCAGACUUUCCAGAAAAAAGAAAGAUUAAAUUAUUACGUAGGUAAUGGAUGCAAGACUUUGGAUUUGUUGAGAAAAUUUAUGGGAUUAUCCUCUUUAAGGAUAAAUGUAUAUAUAUAUAUAUAUAUGAUGAUGACCACAUAGUUUGUACAUAAUGAAACACCAAAUUAAAGAAGAAGAAAAAAAAAAAAAAAAAAGAGAAAGAAAAAGAGAGUUGACCCACAAACUUAUCACAGGUCAUUAUCCAACAGAGUCCCACAUCUUGAUUUGAGAUGAGAAGACCUCUCACCUUACCCAACCCCAUCUCCGUCCCUGACCUGAACUAUAAUUGCAUCCAUUGAUAACAUAAACAACAAAAAAACAAACAGAUAAUAAUAAUAGCCCUCUUUUUCUCUUUCUCUGGCCUCUGCUUUGCUAGCAUAUACUAUACUGUCUUUUUUUAUCGAUCUUUAUCUGCUGUAAUCCCCAAAACCCAGGAAGCAUUGAAGAAUGGAAGGAAGUAUUCAAUAGAUAGGGAGUUGAGUCACAGUUACAGAACCCAUCCAAAAAAUAAAAAGUUUAGCCUUUUUACUUUUCUUUUUAAAACUAAAAUAAGAAAAGGUUCUUGUUUUGUUCUUUUGGCUUGCUUCACACUUCCACAUAAAUACUUUCACACUCAGUGUUUUCUCUCUGGAUAGUGGGUGGCGACGAGUGACUGCCUAAUGAGAUAUGAGUUGUAGUGAGUAAAUUUGAGGAUAAGGUUACUGAAAUAUGUGAGGCUGCUCUAACCAAUCGCUUUUCACCACCUUUCCCAAUCAAAAUGCCAGACUCUUUUCAGUACUCAAAUAUAGAUGCAUUUUUAUAUUGUUUAAAUAGUAAAUAAAAGACAUUUUUGUUUCCUUUAGAUGCAUUGUACAUUACUCUCUGUAUUAUUUGCAUAGAACCCAUAUCAAGAAACCUCUUAACCCAAUAUACUGAGUUGUAUUUCUUUUUUCUAGAGGCAGUAAUAUGCUUUGACAUGACUUGUGUUUCUGGGUUUGCUAAGUGCUUCUCAUUUUUUGCCUCCCAAAACCUAACUUCUUCCUGUGGGCGUCUGGUUUUAUUUGCACUAAAGCCGCUUAUACCGUAGUGACCCAUUUCCAGUUGUUGCAGUAUACCAUUUUAAGGCCCUUGAAAUCUGUGACUUCCUUUGGAGGUAUUCCAGCUUCUCCCUUUGCUUUGCUGGUGGGUUAAUAUUAAGCAACCCAUUAAAGACUAAAAAGAAUUUUGUAACCAAAAAAGAAAAUAUCUUUUGAAAAAGCUCUGCUUCCUGGUGGGUGUUGGAACAGAGCCUAGGUAGAUUCCUGAUAUUAUUCUCUUAAGUAAAACCCCUCUCUUUCUCUCUUUUUGAUUCCCAAUACAAUUUAAAAAACGAAAAAGAAAAAGAAAGAGAAAAGGAAAAAUCAGUUAUAUAUUAUAUCAUAUGUAGCGCCAUUCGCACUUACUCCACUCUUUUCCAUUUUACAUAUAAAUGACAAAACAACCAAGUGUAAAUAGAAAACUAAGAAGUGAAGUAGCCUUCCUUUUACUUACUCAAUCUAUUUAUAUUCUUAGCAGUAACUCUGCUGCUCAACAAAUCUUCUCUCUUCCUCUGCCCUCGAUUCUUUUAUUUUUCUUUUUCUUUUUCAUUGUAGCAAACAGUAAUGGCAGAUUGGCAUGGUAUGAUGGGCAAUAACAGUGUUGGUGGUUAUAGUAGGAGGUCAAUGAGAGACGAAGAUUUUGAAGAAGAAGAUAUAUGGUCAGUUGUUAAAGAAAGGGAAGACUCAAGUCCCAAGAUUAGGAAAUCUAAAGAUAAUUACUGUUCUUCCUCUCCUUCUUCUUCUGCAUGGCGCUUGCAUAGUGCACCAAGAAUGAUACCAAGAGCUAAUAUUGUUAGCCCAACGUCAGCUGGAGUACCGGCAACAUCAACUCAUGAAGCUAAAGCUGUUCAACAGUCAUCAGCUCCUGUCAACAUCCCUGAUUGGUCAAAGAUUUAUGGUAAAAAUACAAGAAUGGGGUCAUGGGCUAAUAAUGAUGAUGAUGAUGAUGAUGAUGAUGGUAUUGUUUAUGAUGACGGAGAGGAUCACGGCCAUGUUAAUGGCAAUGGGUAUUAUUAUAAUUAUAAUAAUAAUAAUGUUGAUGUUAAUGGAAAUGAUGAUGAAGAAGAUGAAAUGGUGCCUCCGCAUGAAUGGAUAGCUAAGAAACUUGCAAGAAGUCAGAUUUCUUCUUUUUCUGUUUGUGAAGGUAUUGGAAGAACACUCAAAGGAAGAGAUCUUAGCAAGGUGAGGAAUGCUAUUUUGGCAAAAACAGGUUUCUUAGAGUAGUAAUUAAUAUCUCAUGCACAAACCAACUUCUUGUGAUCAUCAUCAUCAUCAAGAUUUCAUCUUUCAUCUUCCCAUCUUCAUCACCAUCAUCAUUUAUAUCAUUGCCUGAGAAGGGUCCCAUGUAAUCUUUUUAUUUGUUUUUAUUAUUAAUUAUUGUUGCUAAUAUGGUAUGUAUUGUACUAGGGUGAGUAGAAGUCAGAGCUGCCUUUUUUUGUUAUAGUUUUUUAGGAAGAGGGAAAAAAUUUUAAAAAGAAAAGAAAUCACUUUGGCAGCCUCUGAAGUUUUGUCUGGUAGCCUGGUAGAAUGUGUUUUGGGUAAUUGUAGUGAACCUGUAACAGGAUAUGUUGAAAAGGGAUUAGUUAAUCUCCAAAAUCUUCCUAUCUGCCCUUUGUCUGCUUUUGCUUUUUUUUUUUUUUUCUAUUAUUUAUUAAUUUACUAGUGUUUAAUUUCAA